GCUGCUUAUGGCGGCGCUGGAGAGGGGGCACUGAGCUGUUGGAUAUGAAGUGUAACAGAACAGACUUUACCACCUGAAACUGCUGCUUCAAGUUCAGAUCAGGCAAGAAGCAAACCUCGUAACAACCAACAAGACCAAAGAAGAGUACACUUAAGUUGAAGACACAACACUUGAUCUGAAACAAGAAGUUUGUGCCUACUCAACAGCUUUGAAAGAGCACUUCCCAACGCUGCUAGUAGUCUGUUUUCUUCAGUGCUGUACUGUGAGAUUGCCCGGUGCAGCAGCAGUUGUAUUCUUUAUUAGCUUGGUAGAUCAUUUUCGCUCGCUCUUUUUUUAAUACUAGCAACUUUCAUCCUUUGAAACGUGUGCUGAAAAAGAAGAAUCAGCAAAUACUACUGAAAGUGCAAUAUUUGGUUAUCACUGCAAGAUGAGCUUUGAUCCAAACCUUCUCCACAACAAUGGACACAAUGGAUACCCCAAUGGUACUUCAGCAGCACUGUGUGAAACUGGGGUUAUUGAAAAACUGUUAACCUCUUACGGAUUUAUUCAGUGUUCAGAACGUCAAGCUAGACUUUUCUUCCACUGUUCACAGUAUAAUGGCAACCUGCAGGACUUAAAAGUAGGAGAUGAUGUUGAAUUCAAAGUAUCAUCUGACUGGUGGACUGGGAAACCGGUUGCUGUUAAACUGGUGAAGAUAAAACCAGAAAACCUCCCUGAAGAACGAAUGAAUGGACAAGUUGUGUGCGCUGUUCCUCACAACUUAGAGAGUAAAUCUCCAGCUGCCCUGGGUCAGAGUCCAACAGGGAGUGUAUGCUACGAACGUAAUGGGGAAGUGUUUUAUCUGACUUACACCCCUGAAGAUGUUGAAGGGAAUGUUCAGCUGGAAACUGGAGAUAAAAUAAACUUUGUAAUUGAUAACAAUAAACAUAUUGGUGCUGUAAGUGCUCAUAACAUUAUGCUGUUGAAAAAGAAACAAGCCCGCUGUCAGGGAGUAGUUUGUGCCAUGAAGGAGGCAUUUGGCUUUAUUGAAAGAGGUGAUGUUGUAAAAGAGAUAUUCUUUCACUAUAGUGAAUUUAAGGGUGACCUAGAAACCUUACAGCCUGGAGAUGACGUGGAAUUCACAAUCAAGGACAGAAAUGGUAAAGAAGUUGCAACAGAUGUCAGACUAUUGCCUUAAGGAACAGUCAUUUUUGAAGAUAUCAGGAUUGAACAUUUUGAAGGAACUGUAACCAAAGUUAUCCCAAAAGUACCCAGUAAAAAUCAGAAUGACCCAUUGCCAGGACGCAUCAAAGUUGACUUUGUGAUUCCUAAAGAACUUCCCUUUGGAGACAAAGAUACAAAAUCCAAGGUGACCCUGCUGGAAGGUGACCAUGUUAGGUUUAAUAUUUCAACAGACCGACGUGACAGAUUAGAACACGCAACCAAUAUAGAAGUUCUAUCAAAUACAUGUGAGUUCACUAAUGAAGCAGAGAUGGGCGUGGUUGCCGCCAUGAGAGAUGGUUUUGGUUUCAUCAAGUGUGUGGAUUGUGAUGCUCGUAUGUUCUUCCACUUCAGUGAAAUUCUAGAUGGGAACCAGCUCCAUACUGCAGAUGAAGUGGAGUUUACUGUGGUUGCUGAUAUGCUCUCUGCCCAAAGAAAUCAUGCUAUUAGGAUUAAAAAACUUCCCAAGGGCACAGUUUCAUUCCAUUCCCAUUCAGAUCAUCGUUUUCUGGGCACUGUAGAAAAAGAAGCCACUUUCUCCAAUCCUAAAACCACUAGCCCAAAUAAAGGCAAAGAGAAGGAGGCUGAGGAUGGCAUUAUUGCUUAUGAUGAUUGUGGGGUGAAACUGACUAUCGCUUUUCAAGCCAAGGAUGUGGAAGGAUCUACUUCUCCUCAGAUAGGAGAUAAGGUUGAAUUUAGUAUUAGUGACAAACAGAGGCCUGGACAGCAAAUUGCAACUUGUGUACGACUUUUAGGUCGUAAUUCCAACUCCAAGAGGCUCUUGGGUUAUGUGGCAACUCUGAAGGAUAAUUUUGGAUUUAUUGAAACAGCCAAUCAUGAUAAGGAAAUCUUUUUCCAUUACAGUGAGUUCUCUGGUGAUGUUGAUAGCCUGGAACUGGGGGACAUGGUCGAGUACAGCUUGUCCAAAGGCAAAGGCAAUAAAGUCAGUACAGAAAAAGUGAACAAAACACAUUCAGUGAAUGGUAUUACUGAGGAAGCUGAUCCCACCAUCUACUCUGGCAAAGUCAUUCGUCCCCUGAGGAGUGUUGAUCCAACACAGACAGAAUACCAAGGAAUGAUUGAGAUUGUGGAGGAGGGGGAUAUGAAAGGUGAGGUCUAUCCAUUUGGCAUAGUUGGGAUGGCCAACAAAGGGGAUUGCCUGCAGAAAGGGGAGAGUGUCAAGUUCCAGUUGUGUGUCCUGGGCCAAAAUGCACAGACUAUGGCCUGCAACAUCACACCCCUGCGUAGGGCCACAGUGGAGUGUGUGAAAGAUCAGUUUGGCUUCAUUAACUAUGAAGCAGGAGAUAGCAAGAAGCUCUUUUUCCAUGUGAAAGAAAUUCAGGAUGGCAUUGAGCUACAGGCAGGAGAUGAGGUGGAGUUCUCAGUGAUUCUAAAUCAGCACACUGGCAAGUGCAGCAGCGCCUGUAAUGUUUGGCGAGUCUGUGAAGGCCCCAAAGCUGUUGCAGCUCCUAGACCUGAUAGGUUGGUCAAUCGCUUGAAGAACAUUACCCUGGAUGAUGCCAGUGCUCCUCGCCUAAUGGUUCUUCAUCAGCCAAGGGGACCAGAUAACUCAGUGGGAUUUGGUGCAGAAAGAAAAAUCCGUAAAGCUGGUGUCAUUGACUAACCACAUCCACAAAGCACAUCAUUAAUCCACUAUGAUCAAGUUGCGGGGAUUCUGGUGAAGGGUUCUGAAUAUCUCUCUCUUCAUCCCUCCCAAAAUCUGGAAUACUUAUUCUAUUGAGCUAUUACACCAGUUUUAACACCUUCCUCGUGUUAUGUUUAAAAAAAUAAAUUUAAGA